UGGGAUAUCAAAAUCUGAACAGCUGCCUAAACCUAUGGCUAUUAGGCUAUUACUUCUUCAUUAACUUUUUUUUAAUUCAUCACGAGCAUAGGCAACAUAUGGCGCAUUUCCUGUAUGGGGGGUGCCCGCAGUCAUUCUCUCCGCAGGAGAGCAACGCCCCUCAAUCGUCUCUCCUCAGCACCACCCCUCAUCCCAACCUGCCCCUCUCCUCUCAAAGGGAUGCAAGGGAGUGACGCAGGAUAGACGGGAAAACUGCGCUUAACCUCGAAGGAAAGAUUGGAUAGGGGUGAUGCAAUAAGACAAAUUCUGGAAACCCAAGUGUAAAUCACGGAACCUCCGUUCCCUAGAAAAGAGACCGAAGCACGGCCUCUAUGGUCAGUGGACGUGGAUGCCAGACUCACAUGUUAUCUAUUUUACGCAGCCACUCACUAAUGUUUUGAUGGAUGCGGCUCGAAUUUGGACAAUUGGUUGAGGUAGGCGAAGCUUAGAUAUUCGUGUUGACUGUGUUUUCUCACCGUGACCGACAAUCCUUCUUCUUCGAGUCAAUUGAAGAGGUCUAAACCUUGAAGGGGAUACAGGCCAAUCCAUCUAUAGAUUUGGAAAUAAAAUAAUUUUACGAAGAUACCUAUUUUAACGACGUAACUGGUUUUUUUCUUCUGCGACUCAGGGUUGAUACAUUUCACACUGAUCCUUCGAUUCAAAUGUCAAAAUAGUGUUAUAGGCUAUUGGUAGGCUAAUUCAUAGAUUUGCAUCAGAGAGGAGGAUUCACCAUACACCUUUUCGUAGCCAAAAUUGUUCAGCAUGAAUUACCUGCGUCGUCGGCUGUCGGACAGCAAUUUUAUGUCCAAUUUGCCCAAUGGGUACAUGACUGAUCUACAACGCCCUGACGCGCCGCAGCAAGACCCUGCAGUAGUGUCGCCUGGACCACCGGAGAGGCGUCUGUCUACCAGCCAGCAGUCGGAGGGCACUGGCAGCGGAGCCGGAGCUGGAUUUUUAUCUUCCUUUACUAAAGCUGUCAAACAAACCACUGCUGCUGUUGCUGAGAAAGUCACCGAGGUAGCAGACAAAGCAGGCGUUGCCUCUGGUGCCAAGAUACUCCUGGUAAUUGAUGACCAACAAGCAGACUGGGUAAAGGUCUUCAAAGGUAAAAAGGUUCAUGGUGAAUUCGACAUUAAGGUGGAACAGGCUGACUUCUCUGAAAUCAACCUAAUAGCGCAUGCUACAGGGGGCUAUAGUGUUGAUAUCGAAGCAAUCCGGAACGGAACCAAGGUCAUCAAGUGUUUCAGUCCAGACUUUGUGCUGAUUAGGCAGCAUGCCUUCAGUAUGGCCAAGAAUGGAGACCACCGACACAUAGUGAUUGGGUUACAGUAUGCUGGUCUCACGGGUGUAAACUCUCUACACUCUGUCUACAACUUCUGUGACAAACCAUGGGUGUUUGCUAAUAUGGUGAGAUUGUACAAGCAACUGGGACCAGAGGAAUUCCCACUGAUCGAGCAGGUUUACUAUCCCAACCACAGGGAAAUGAUUACCACUCCUGGUUUCCCUGUGGUGGUGAAAAUGGGGCACGCCCACUCAGGGAUAGGGAAGGUGAAAGUGGACAAUCAAUAUGACUUCCAAGAUAUUGCCAGUGUUGUUGCCCUGACCAAGACCUAUGCCACAUCUGAACCUUUCAUCGAUGCAAAGUAUGAUGUCCGCAUCCAGAAGAUUGGAGACAAUUACAAGGCCUACAUGCGGACAUCAAUUUCAGGGAACUGGAAAACCAACACUGGUUCAGCUAUGCUGGAACAGAUAGCCAUGUCAGACAGGUAUCGGAUGUGGGUGGACUCCUGCUCUGAGGUGUUUGGAGGGUUGGAUAUGUGCGCUGUGGAGGCUCUGCAUGGAAAAGAUGGCAAGGAUUACAUUAUAGAGGUGGUGGGUUGCUCCAUGCCCCUGAUUGGAGACCAGCAGGAUGAAGACCGUGCUCAAAUUGCAGACCUGGUCAUCUCCAAAAUGAACCAGACAGUCCCACGCACUGCAAGUCCCUCUCCUGUCCGUCCCACAGCUGCACAGCCUGCACAGAAAGCUGCAUCCUCUCAGCCUGUCUCACAACCCAAAGUGCCACAGGCUCAGCAACGCCCUUCUCCACAAGGUGGCCCACAACAGGCACCCACCGGCACUGCCACCCAUCGCCAAGGAGCCCCCUCCCAGCAGCGCCCCUCUCCCCAAGGCCAGCCCCCUGCACAAGUCCAACCCCCUGCCCCAGGUCCCAACACCCAGAACCCCCCUGCCCAGACAUCACAGAAAGAUAGACAGGCCAACCCAGGAGCUGGGGCACAGCCGCGUCCCCCAGGGCAGGGGCAGAAACCCCCUUCUGGUCAAGGAUCCCCCCAGCGAUCCAUGAGCCAGGGGGGCUCCCCUCAAAACCAGAGGCCACAUCAGUCAGGUCCCCAGCUGCAGCAGAGCCCCCCCCCUGGAGGCAUGGGCCAGAAGUCCACAGGGGGCCAGCCCCAGCAGAGGCCCCAGCAGAAGCCAGGCCAGCCUGCCAGGCAGCAGUCCCAGGGAGGAUGCCCCCAGGGCCCCCAGCUGCAGAGGGCUCCAGCCCAGCAAGGUCGCCCUGGGGCCCCUACCACUCAGCAACCUCGCCCUAGUGCCCAGGGCCAGGGAGGCCCGGGAGGGAAACCUCCUCUGCAGCAGAAGCCCCAGCCCCCACAGAAGCCCAACCAGGACCCUCCUGCUAUGGGAGCCACCCCUCCACUGAACAAAUCCCAGUCUCUUACCAAUGCCUUCAACAUUCCAGAAACCCCAACGCCACGGGCCAGCCUUAGCCAGGAUGAGGUGAAGGCUGAGACCAUACGCAACCUACGCAAGUCUUUUGCUAGUCUCUUCUCAGACUGAGAGAUGGAGUCAGCCCCCUCCUACGCCGACAGAAAGACUGAAAGGCAGACCCUCCCUCUUCCCCUCCCCAACACACAAUGGACCAAUAGGACUAACACCUCCCUAUCAUGGACAUUGAUGUACAUUGAUGUGAAAAUGCACAUAUAAAACAUCCACUGCCUAUACAGACAUAGGAUCUUAAUUUGACCAGUAUUGUCGCAGCAAAAUAAUCCUGAAGCAAAAGUUUUUUAACAUUAAGUCCAUAAUAUUGCUUGAUCGAUGGUUAAGCUGGCCAAAAUUAGGCUAUGUGAAAAGUGCAAUACUGUUAAUAUAACCCAGGCUGUAUCACAACCGGCUGUGAUUGGGAGUCCCAUAGGGCGGCGCACGAUUGGCCCAGCGUCAUCCGGGUUUGGCCGGUGUAGGCCGUCGUUGUAAAUAAGGAUUUGUUCUAAACUGACAUGCCUAGUUAAAUAAAGGUUAAAUAAAUAAAAAAUAUUAAAUGUGUUAGUGUGGGUUUUCAGUGCAUUUAUGUAAAUCACAAAGCUCAUCUGCAUUUCCUGUGGUGCAGGAAAAUUCUCCACAACAAAAGAGUGAUCAAAUUAAGAUCCUACAUCUGUACAUUUGAAGACCACACAUAGAAUAAAAUACAGAUAGCCCACUGGGCAAAAACUGGUCAAAUCAUGUUGUUUGCACUUUAUUUCAACCAGAAAAAUCUACAAGAUGACAUUGAAUCAACGUAGAAAACUGAUUGGAUUUGCAAAAAAGUAAUCAAUGUAAGGGCAUUUUGUCUUUUUUCACCCAACUUUUAACUUAAAUCCAAUUACGUUUUUCUUUUUUGAAAACUCGACCAAAUGUAAAUCAAAACUAGAUGUUGAACUGACAUCUGUGCCCAGUGGGAGGUUUGUUGCUCUCAGUCUGAAACAUUCCCCAUCACCUUCACAUUCCAAAUGAUUCCUACAAACACACACACAUACAGUACACACCUACUUCUCUUGUUGUUGCACGUGUGUUUAAAUUUCAGAUAAAAGUAAGGGUGAAGAUUCUUAUCCUAUCAAUCAUCAGUCCCUUUUUAAAUGAUGUUAUAUAUUACAUUUCAGUAGGUGGCCUAUGUUGCUACAGUUUUUAUGUAUUGGGCGAUAUUUACUUGGUCACGAUUUGAUCAUUUGGAAUUGUUUUUAUGCUAGUAUACCUGAAACAAUACACUGGUAAUCGUCAUGAUAGUGUUCCCAGUUUUCUGUUACUGUCAGAUCAUAGUGACACAUUUGACCAAGUCUUGGUUGGCUCUCAAAUGAACCAUCGCUAAAUUAAACUUGUCGGCACGGUGUUGUUCACACUACAGUAGGGCAGUUCAGUGUUACAGUAAAGCAACACUACAGCUGUUUGAGUUGCCCAUUCAUUCUAAGUUAUGAUUUUUUUAGAUGCAUGUCAAUAAAGGAGAUAUGGUUGGAAUUUCAAUCACUCACAUCGCCGCUUGUAACCGUGUUGUCACGUAAUUAGCUAGCGUAAUUAGCAUAACAAAAGUAUGUGUUGUUUUUGUGAGAAUGCCAUUGCUGCCUCCCUCUCCCUUCUUCUGUUAGAUUAAGACAAAAUCUCAAUAGCUCUCAAUUUGGAAAACAUGCCUUACACAGACACAGAGUUCAGUCAGAUAAUAUUGUCUCAGGGAUGUCCUGGUAAGUGACACACUGGUGUCAGGGGUCAGGUCUUCCAAACGUUGCACUGAAAUGAGGAUGAUGAGCUACUGCAAAUGAAAGCAUGUGUAUUUACUGAGGUAGAAUGUAUUUGUUCUUUCAAAUGUAUUUGCACAUGAAAUAUAACAAAAUCAUACUUGAAGACAUAAGCGAUAUUUUUGAGAUUUUAAUGUCAGAUUGUAGAGACACAGCCAGCUCAGUGCUCUAUUUUACCAGCCAUCACAAGGGCCUGGGAUGCUGCUGUUUCUGUGAGUGGAGAGUUUGGGUGCCUGUCCUGUCUGUCCCCUGGCUCCCAGCAGGGUCACAGCUUGUGAGCAAGGGACCUAGUCCAAAUUAAUGCUCAGCCAAGGAAUGUACCAUGGGUCAUGUAGGCAGUGUAAAAUAAAUGUACUGGUAUGUCCCCUGUGGGAUAUACAGUACCACUGCAGUAUACUUCUGUUUGAUUUUCUACACGUAAUACUUUCUCCCCAAAACAUGAAUGACCCCUUUGAUCAUUGGUCAGAAAACAAUCCCUAGAUAUUCCCUGAGCCCAAAGCUGAAACUUUCUGUUUCUAGGGCACUGAAUAUGUCUUCCAAAAAGAGUGUGUUCCAGGCAAUCUGUUUUUUGGAGCUAAUUCAGAAAGUCCCAAUCUCCCUGCAGAACCCCUCUGCUUCCUCUAAGCAUCGACCCUUAGUGUAUCCACAGUGACCCCUUGUGAUAAGUGGUGCAUAAGCGUGUAAAUGUUGUUUUGUAAAACCAAAUAGAAGUGUUGUACAGAUAGUGACCUAUGAAUGAUGCAGAUGUGUCACGUUUCCCCCCUGCUGCUGGCUGUGCUUGUUGAUAUUUUGUGCAAUGAAUACUUGUGGGUUUUGGAUUUUGGGCAUUUAUAUAAUUUUUAAGCCAUUUCAGUACUGGCAUUCACUAUCAUGAAUUAUGCAUUAUUUCAACUUUUUGAAAAAGCUUUUUUUUAAAUCUUAGUUUCACUUGUAUUCAGGAUUACAUGUCUACGUUUGAAAAUGUAUAUUACACAUCUUAUCAUGGGACUCAAAGGAAAUCAUAACUCAGCAAACAGAAUUGUCAGGGUAUACCGUUGAAUGAAUGGAUCAGAGAAGCCUCAAAUGAUACCCGCUACAAAAAAAUGACUUGUCUGGAUGAACACGUGAUUGGUAUACAUUUGUAUUGUUUUACUCAGCUCUCUGCUACUGCCUGUAACAGAGAACAUCCAUCAGAGAACAUCUUAGCUGUGUUUGGAGUUAUAAUCCUCUGGUGGAUUAUACAUUGUUUCAAUUAUCAUGACACUCCAAUCUUUGUGAAUCCUGUUUGUUGAUAUUCAUAGACAUGGGUUGAAAUGUUUAUUUCGUUUACAUUCUUUUUGAUGGAUAGAUUUGAAUGUAUGUUUACAAUUUGUAUGCCUUUUUUCUUUGCUUAAGUAGUUUUCCUAAAUGCAGAUGUAAGUAUUUUUUAUUUUGUUAUCUGCACUAUGAAUUUCUGUGAAAUUGAUGGUCAAUAUUGAUGCCUGCCAGAUGUAUAAAACAAGAAAUCUAUAUGUAUCUAAAAUAGACAAAAAUGAUAAAUAUUACAUAUAUUGUAAAUCAUUGUGGAGUAUUCAAAUAAAUGUAGAAAAAUA